GCUCGACCUUUUCAUCGCAUCGAACCAGAGAGUUGGAUCUUGUACAUAUUCCUGAUACCAUCACAGCUUUGACCUCGCUAGACCGGCCGACAUGUCCACCCAACUCCCGCCUCCCAAACGUCAAAAGCUGCACAACGUGCCGCACGAACGAGACAUCAAGCCUUCAAGACCUGUCGAAGAGGCGGAACGGUUCGUUCCCAAUAUCGUCGUCCAAUUCAAGAACUCGGAAGAUGGUACUCCUCUUGGUCCGGCGAUCAACUUGCCUGCCAACACCGGUCGAGAUGCGCUGCAGAUGCUGGUCAACAAGCUCAAGGGCGAGAAUGAAGAACCCCUGCCUUAUGCCUUCCACAUCCAAUCUCGAAACGCCCCUCCUCCGCCUCCGGCCGAUCUCCUCGCUCGUGCUCCUGCAGCAGCUCCGCUCCCGUCGUCUCGUCUGCAAAUCAAUGGCAACAUCCUGGACGAUGUGUUAGAGGCCAAAGGACCUGGAAGCAAGAAGUUAGACCAUGGGUUCUCGCCUGAAGAUGUUUUUGAAGUGAUGUGCGAGCCCCAGGCGGUCUUCAGGGUUCGAAGUGUCGGUCGGUGUAGCGCUACUCUGAGCGGUCACGCCCAACCCAUUUUGUGUUGUUCAUUAUCGCCUACCGGGAGAUAUGCCGUGACGGGAUCUGGAGAUGCGACCGCACGACUCUGGGAUAUGGAGAUCGAGCUGCCAAAACACACCUUGGUCGGGCACAAGGGUUGGGUGUUGUGCACCGAGUGGGAAGGUAGAGAAAGGGUCGUCUCGACCGGUGGACACGAUGGACAUGUCAGGUUCUGGGAUCCGCUCACUGGGAACGCGAUUGGGGAUGCGAGGAAAGGACACACAAAGUGGAUCACCAGUUUGUCGUGGGAGCCGAUUCAUAGCAACGCAACACAGCCUCGUUGCGCAUCCUCUUCCAAGGAUGGUACAGUCAAGGUCUGGUCUCCCGCUCAGUCCUUUGCCGAAUUUACUCUAGCCGGACACAAUGCAAGCGUCAACGUAGUGAGAUGGGGCGGUGAAGGGUUGAUCUACACUGGAAGCAGUGAUCGAACGAUCAAGAUCUGGAGCGCCAAAGAUGGGAAACUGAUUCGAACGCUGAACGAACACGCACAUUGGGUAAAUACGCUCGCCUUGAGCACGGAUUUCAUCCUCCGAACGGGUCCCUUCGACCACCACGGAAAGAAACCAAAAGACGACGAAGAGGCGAAGGCUCUCGCGCUCGCUCGAUACAAAAAGCAUACCAUCAAUACCCCUGAGACUGUCAUCUCUGGUUCCGACGACCACACGCUAUUCUUGUGGUCCCCUCAACACGUCAAUGAUGCCGGAAAUAGCAUCAAGAAGCCUGUCGCCCGUUUGACUGGUCAUCAGAAACAGGUCAACCACGUGGCCUUCAGCCCAGACGGUCGACUGGUCGCCAGCGCAGGGUUUGAUAAUGCGGUCAAGCUAUGGGAUGGUAAAACCGGAAAGUUCGUAGCGUCCUUGCGUGGUCAUGUCGCUGCGGUGUAUCGUCUGGCAUGGUCGGCAGACUCGCGGAUAUUGAUCAGUGCAAGCAAAGAUACUACCCUCAAGCUGUGGGACCUGAAAACUGGAAAAAUCCGAAUCGAUCUGCCUGGGCAUACCGACGAAGUCUACUGUGUCGACUUUGUUGCUGACAAGGUCGUCAGCGGAGGGCGAGACAAGACGGUGAAGAUAUGGAAAAACUAGAUGAGAGAUUUUCUUUAUGUGGCUCAUGUGGUAUUGUCGUGCGAUCUGUUGUAUGGCUUCGUCAUUUCGUAUUCAUAGUUGUCGUCAACUUCGUAAAUGGUCCAGCAUUGGGACCACUGCAAUGUACUAUUAUUAUACAAAGUCACAGUG